GGCCUGACGCGCAUCAUGGCGGCGCGGCAGCUGCUGAGGGCGGCCCCGGGGCGGCGCGGCUACAGCGGCGCGGGCGCCGCCGAGUUCCUGCACCGCAGCAUCGUGCCCACCAUGCACUACCAGAAGAGCCUGCCCAGACUGCCAGUUCCCAAGCUGGAAGAUACAAUUACGAGAUACCUGAAUGCCCAGAAACCGCUUUUAAAUGACGACCAGUUCAGGAAAACUGAAGAACUUGCUCGUGCCUUUGAAAAGGGGAUUGGAAGAGAGCUGCAUGACCAGCUGGUUGCUCAAGACAAUCAGAACAAGCAUACAAGUUAUAUCACAGGUCCUUGGUUUGACAUGUACCUAAAAGCACGUGAGCCUGUUGUUUUGAAUUUUAAUGCGUUUAUGUCUUUUAAUCCUGAUCCAAAAUCAGAAUACAACGAUCAGCUCAUCCGAGCUACAAACAUGACUGUUUCUGCCAUACGUUUUAUGAAGACCUUCAGGGCUGGUUACCUUGAACCAGAGGUUUUUCACCUUAAUCCAGAAAAAAGUGACACUGAGCUGUUUAAAAAAAUUAUCCGGUUUGUGCCUUCUUCAGUUGCUUGGUUUGGUGCCUACAUGGUCAAUGCUUACCCCCUAGAUAUGUCUCAGUACUUCAGGCUCUUCAAUUCUACGCGGAUUCCUAAGCUCAACAAAGAUGAGCUUUAUACAGAUGAAAAGGCAAAACAUUUAUUAGUGUUGAGAAAUGGAAAUUUUUAUGUGUUUGAUGUUAUUGAUAGAGAUGGAAACAUGUUGAAACCCUCAGAAAUACAAGCACACUUGAAAUACAUCCUUAGUGACAACAGUCCGGCCCCGGCCUUCCCUCUUGGCUACCUCACCAGUGAAAACCGAGAUACGUGGGCAUUGCUGAGGAAGAAGCUACUGGAGAAUGGCAAUGAAGAAGCUCUUCAGAAAGUAGACUCUGCCAUGUUUUGUUUAAGUUUAGAUGAUUUUCCCGUUAAAGACUUCGUGCACUUGUCCCACACUAUGUUGCAUGGAGAUGCUGCAAACCGCUGGUAUGACAAAUCCUUUAAUCUUAUCAUAACUAAGGAUGGCACAGCAGGGAUUAAUUUUGAACAUUCCUGGGGAGAUGGUGUGGCUGUGCUCAGGUUCCAGAAUGAGGUUUUUAAAGACAGCACCAAGACACCGGCCAUCAGUCCCCAGUCCCAGCCUGCUUCAGUUGACUCUUCCAAAGCAGUGCAGAAACUUGACUUUAAGCUGGACGAUGCCUUAAAAGCAGGGAUUACCAAAGCCAAACAGAAGUUUGAUGCCACUGUAGAAUCACUGUCUGUUGACAUGAUUCAGUUCCAAGAAGGGGGCAAGGAGCUUCUAAAGCAGAAGAAGGUGAGCCCAGAUGCCGUGGCUCAGCUGGCUUUCCAGAUGGCUUUCCUUCGCCAGUACGACCAGACCGUUGCCACGUACGAGUCCUGCAGCACCGCGGCUUUCAAGCACGGCCGUACGGAAACCAUCCGUCCUGCCACUGUCCACACAAAGAAAUGCUCUGAAGCCUUUGUCAAGGAGCUCUCCAAACACAGCACAGAGGAGCUGCAGAAUUUGAUAGUGGAGUGCUCCAAGUACCACGGCCGUUUGACGAAGGAGGCUGCUAUGGGCCAGGGCUUUGACCGGCAUCUCUUCAGCCUGCGCUGUUUGGCCUUAUCCAAGGGGCUGGCACUGCCGGAUUUCUACCAAGACCAAGCCUACGCUCGCCUUAACCACAACAUCAUCUCCACCAGCACCUUGGUGAGCCCAGCUGUGCAGUUAGGGGGCUUUGGCCCCGUGGUGUCUGAUGGCUUUGGAGUAGGCUAUCAGGUACAAGAUGACUGGAUAGGCUGUAAUGUUUCUGCUUACCCAGCUAGGAAUGGGAAAGAAUUCCUUCAGUGUAUAUACAAGUCACUAGAAGAUAUCUUUAAUGUUUUAAAGGGCAAGAAAAUUAGUAGUUAAGACGUAAAGACAUUGGGACACUUUACAGGUGCAGAACAAGAUGCAGAUUAUGUCUAACUGGCAUACUAAUCAGUGUUCAGCAUGGCCGAGACUGCCCAGCUUAAUUGGGUUCAUGUGUCAUCACUGAACUUGAAUACUGUUAGAUUCACUAGGAAAUUUCUUAUUUUAAAGGAAUCAAUUACAGACCUCAAAUGCAUUUCAGGAAAUACCGACAUUAACUACGUCAAAUUAACUAACAGAUCCAUGUGUUUUUAAAACACAUAAUCUAAAAUAAGCAUUUUUAUUGAGUUAAUGAACUUGGAACACCCGUUCCAUGAGUUUUUGGCCAGACUGUAGUACUGUGAUACUGCUCUUGAACUGUUCGGUUUUAAAAAAAUACACACAAUAAUUUUAAACAUGGAACAGUGGUUCCAUUUGCACUCUUGCAGUAAGCUUGCUUGCUUACUUGUCACACUUACCUCUUUAAACUUGAAUUUAUAUCAGAACUGAUUGUGCCUCAACUGCUUGAAGCCUUUCCCCUUUAACAGCUUUUAGAGACACAAAAAAAAUGAAGUGGGAGGACUUAAGUAACCUGCAGCAAUCAAGUGGGUUGUUAAAUUGACUUGAAAAGACUGUAUUUUAAUAAAGCUGUCUGUUAAUAACCACAAA